AUGAGUACGGCCCGUCUCCAGGCGACACCUCUCGCCUCAAGCUCAGGUGCCGGCUCUGGUGCAGGAAGGAAGCAACCUGAAUCUCUCUGCUACCAACUCGCUACCCCCGCCAACGGCCCUGAAGAAAUGGCCGAUCUUCUCGAUCCCGUCGUCACCAAAUCCAAGAAGAAGGAACCCGCCGGUGGUAUCGUCGUCGUCACGAUCCUCAACACCUCAUCGAGUGGCUGUCUUUUCCCUCUGGCCUGCCUUGUUCAUUUCUUCACCUCAUUCAUCCCUCGUCCCAUCAUCUCUUUCCUUCAGAGCGAUUCUUGUCUCGAGAAAAGCGUCAAAGCCAUCCUGAUGGAGGCCGAGACGUCAGCGCAGGGUCUCUUCCAAGGCUUGAAGCACGGCUUCUACCCCUCGACCGGCCGGAACCAUCUUCUUCGCCUCCUCAACGUGUCCGGUUCCUCGUGCAAGAGGAACAAGAACACGCCGGAUGCGGGUCGCAGAGGCCUCCCCGAGCUCGACUACAUCCUCUUCCAGGAAGGUCUCCCCUCCUACUUCGAACGUACCGAGCGUUACGACAUCUUGCCCGGCGACCCGGUUGAUUACCUGUUCGCAGCUCUCCCCCUGAUCGAGGAAGACGAUGCAGGCUUCAAAGGACACGAAAAGUCCGCAGAUUACGAUCGCCGCUUCGCUCUCGCUGUCUGGCCGUAUGCCAACUCCGAUGUCGAGGAGAUCAUCGCCAAGUCCAAGGACAAGUGCGCCUCCGACUACUGGUGGGCCGCUCGUUUCGCCUUCUCCCUCUGGAAUCGAUCCGACCUGUCCAUUCGGUGCGCCUUCACCCAGCUCCUUGGCGAGAUUGCAGCGUCCCGCUACGUCGAGAUGGAUGAGAAGCCGCCCGCUAUCAAGCCGAACCACAAUCACAGCGCAGCCGAUGUUUCCCCUUGUCCCGGCACGGCAUAUGUCCAGAAGCAUAGGUGGUUGAAGUAUACGCGCUGGGUUUAUCGUGGAAGAAAGGACGAGGACGCGGACAUCAAGCUCCGCCAGAACUCCAAGUGCGACUUAGGGGAGCUUCUGGGCAAGGACGAGUGUGUCGUCUGCGGUCACCGGCGCCAGGAGCCUCGCAGCAGUACAAAGAAGAAGCCCAUGCUCUACUGCAGCGGCUGCUACGUCGAGUGGUUCCCUCAUCUUCGCCGUAACUACUGCGGCCCACAGUGCCAGAAGAAGGACUGGAAGAAGCACUUUGCCGAAUGCCAGCGUCGCAAACACUUUAUCCGAGCCGUCUUCAUUCUGAAAGGCAUCGCGGAAAAGUUCAUGGCCACGACCUUUUCCGGCCAGGCCGUUGAUAUCGCCCCCACCGAGCCGUGUGGCAAUAAGAGCAUCGACGUUGACCGCGCCGGCGUUCCGCGCACCACUAUUACCCCAGCUGCGUACGCUGUUGGACCCUGGAUCGGUGAGCAGGUGUUCCCUCUCGGCCAGUCGUUUUUGGCGGAAAAGAGCCAGGAGGACCGUGAGAGGGCGUUGGCUUGGGAUGCUGGCGACAACAUUUACUACCACCUACAGCUUGUCAUUCGCCAAAUCAUCAGCCCGCUCUGCGAUAAUGUGGUCGAGAUGCAAAUGUUUGUGCGCAACGCAAACACCGUCACCUCCUUUGCCAGUGAUCGCUGCCGCGAAGGCCCCAUCAUUCACACCUCCAAGGGCAAGGACCCUAUGUUCUGGCCUCAUCCUGUCCUCAACUGCCGGCUGAAGGGAAGUGAUGAUUUGUUCAUUAUCGAUCUGCUCGGAGCUAAGUUCGGCUUUGCCGACGUCAUUCUUCCGGGCGAGCCAUGGGUCAAGGCUAGACUCGCUUACUGCGUCUCCUCGACGGUUCUGAAGAACAUGAAACCUCACUGGUAUCCCCGUGAGCAGGAGGGUCUUAUAUCUUGCCGUGAUGAGGUUGCCUACCUUUGGAAGGAGUGCAUCAAAACCUACAUCAGCAGCAAGUGGCCGAACAUUCAGGGACCCUUUGCCUUGUCGCACCUCAAAGAACAACUGUUUCGCGAAAGAACUCACAGCGUCAUGCUUUACUCAGAUGUCAUCUUCAAGGAGGCCACCGACCGCAUCCGCGACGAGGGCAUUUACCGACAAUUCCUGGUCCACGACCCAAACCCGUACUCUCACGAGUUCAGAAUUGGCGUUACCGACUCUCAGGAAGAGUGCGACCUCUACAAGGAGAUCUGGAUGGACCGGCGCGCCUACGACAUUAUCAUCAAGAACAAGCUGAGCGAGCAGAACCAGCUGCUACCCCCCGGUUCCGAGACCCUCCGCCUCACGGCGCUCUGGGUCGAUCGUCUGAGAAAGUACGGUGAGAAGAACAGGUUCGACUCGGUCAAGCUCCUCGGCCCCUGCAUUGCCAAGCAUUACAACAUUCGCGCCGCGCACUCGUCGGAGGAGGACCGUGAGGUUUCGACGGCAUGGCUCAUGCACCACGGCAUCUCCAAAAGUGCUGCCGACAAGUUCUUUGAGCAGUGCAAGGCCAUAGUCAGCGAAUGCAUAAACUCGGGUGCAACCACGCCCGAGCUGAUGCUGGCUCAGAUGGCUAUGCCCGGCGGUUUCUCCGAGUACACCAAAAACAUGUCGAUGGAGGAUGCCCGGGACUUUGCGUCGAUCGGAGCAUUCCUCAACUCGCACAACGCCAUGAAGGCCAUGUCACAGAUGAAGACGGAGAUUUUGAAGCGAGUCAAUGACAGGGGUUAA